AUGACUCCUGGAAGUGUGGACGAUAGUAACUCGACUACAAAUGAUUUUUUGAGUCUCUUUGGGGCUGCCAGAGACAAGUUUCUCGAUUCCCUGUCCCCUGAGGAUAAAAACCUAUACUCACCCUGCGCUUCGAGCGAUGACUUCGUCAAGGCUAUUGACAAAUUGAAAACCGCAGCGGGCAGAACCUCCACGAAGGCUGCCAAGGGGUUGAAAUGUCUUUACACCCUCAACACAUUCUUCCGGCCUUAUUUUGAUGUUUUGUCUGGUCGGGUUGAGACGUUCUUCGAAAAGCUUCUCGAGCUCCUUGUCCAUCUUCGAGAUGCGUUUCCUCGGUACGCCGACGUGGUCAGCCUGUGCAAAGAUGCCGGUUCUGAACGAAUUCGACAAAACGUGUUGGAAGUAUACCUGGACAUGUUUGAGAUAUUUCAGGCUGCGGUAAAAGUAUUCACGAAGUCAAGUGGAAAAAUCAAGAGAACACCGGUCGUUCUAGGCGCGCUCCUUUGGAAGCCUUUCGAUAUCAGAUUCAACAGUCUGAUCCAGAAAAUGAAUGUUCACAGAGAGAACAUAGAGGCAGAGGUCAGGAUAUGGAAACUGAAGCGGGACGACCAAAACUACACGGAAACGAUGAUUUGGCGAAGGUAUAUCAGCCAAGAGAUGAAAGAUACAAAGGAAGAAUGUCGUGUGUUGUCCGAAGAACAGCGACUCACUGCCCUGGAAAAGGAGGCGGACUUGGAAUCUAGAAAAGAAAUUCUAGCUAUUCUGAGGGAGCUUCAAGCUGAGAAACGCAGAUUAGAGGAGCGCCGUCUUGAAGAAACAGCUGAGCGAAUCCAAAAGUGGCUCGACUCAUCAGGCUCUGCUGGAAUUCGAGAAUCAAAUUCACAGCUCAGAGAACCUAACACCGGAGAGUGGAUUUUGGAUGAUGCUCAAUACAAAUCAUGGGUUCAACCAAAACCGGAUGAGACGAAGAGCCAACAAAGUCGCCGGUUUGGAAAAAACAUGCUAUGGAUUCAAGGCAAUCCUGGAUCUGGAAAAUCAGUCCUCGCGACAUUUCUACUGGAUACUUUAGAGACAGAAGAAGAUGAAUGUGGAGAGAAAAAAGAUACAAGGUCUUGUAUCAUUUUUUUUCAUUUCAAUCACCCCGAGACUAUCACACCUAGUUCAGCUUUCAGAUCCCUUCUGCAACAAGUUCUUUGGCAAGGACGACACGAUCCAUUAAUAGUGGAUAAGUUUCUCUUCCUGAUGACUUGUCAAAAGGAAAACGCUCCAUCUCUGGUAGCAGAAAGUCCCUCGGCUCUGAUUUCAUUUCUCCAGUCGUGUGUUGAUGAUCAAACAAUCGUUGUGAUCGACGGCGUUGAUGAAUGUAUAAACCACGAGGAAUUUAUCAAAGGUCUUCUAGAAGCGACGAAGGCUUCGUCGACUAAAGUACUGGCAUUAAGUCGUGUUAAAGUCGAACAGCUACAACGAUCGGUCUCUCCUGAACAACAUUUACCAUUGCCGAAAAAGAAGAUGGAGUCAGACAUUCGUCUAUUCAGCCACCGAGAACUAAAGGAAUUCAUCGAAGAUGGAAUUCUCCCGGACUGUGCCGACGGGUGUCUCAACGAACUAGUUGAUCGUGUGGCUCUUGGAGCUGACGGGAUGUUCUUGUGGGCUCGCCUUAUGAUUUCAUUCAUCCAAUCUCCCGCACAUUCCAAAGACAAGAGACUGAGCAUAUUGCGAGAGAUUGACUUUCCUGAAGGCUUGAGAAAAAUGUACCAGCGCAUUUUCCGUCACAUUAAGAACUCAGGCGAGACAGCACAUAGACUGGCAAACCACCUUCUGAUCUGGUUGAAGUACCGCGCAACAGCCAUGAGCACCAAACAAACUCGCCAGGCAUUAUCUAAUGCAGCAGUUUGGACCAUGGGAGACCACUCUGACGAUAUAUUGGACUUCGAAAAGGCGGCACUCAUUGCGUGUGCGGGUUUAGUGGAAAUUUGUCCCUUGCCAUCCAAUUCGGAGGUUAUCAACAUUCUGAAAUUUUCACACCUUUCAGUCAAGGAAGUGCUUGAUUGGCCAAAUCCCAUAUUCGAAUCAGAAGAUCAAGCUGGCCAACCACUGUUACGACUGAUUCCAGCUUCAUCUUCUUUCGCGAUGAAUCUACGCUUGGCAACACAAUGUCUUCAACAAUUGCUCUACCACACUCCUAUGCAACCUCUCGCAUGCAAAUUCGGAACAAGUGUCUCAGCGGCCACGGUAGGACGUGCGCUCCCCUUCACCGACUAUGCUGCCUUGUACUGGAUGGAUCAUGCGACAGGAUCACGCUUUGAACUAGAUCCAGAAUCGCCUGGGCCGCCUACAACACUCAGCUCCUCCUUCUUGGAUGCAUUUAGAGUCUUUUCUGUGGAGCUAAGAACUUUUCUGGAAUCGCCCAAGGCAUUGUCCGUGUGGCUUGAAACCUACUACACUACCCAAGUAGGAACAUCUCCAUCAGGAACAAAACUGCGUUCUUGGGCGAGCUGGCUCUCGGAUCUUUCGCAAAAAGGCCUUCUAAACGUUGACAGCCAGCUAUUGGGCCUUAUUUUCGAAUUUCGUUCAGAUCUAGACCGUAUCAUUGCAAUAUGGGAUGACAGGCUACGCUUGACACCCCAUAUUGUAUGGGAUGAAGCCACUGCAUUGAACUUCUCAGCUGGAAGCUUGUUCUUUUUCUCUGGAGGAGUCAGGGUAGUGUCCCGGGCUCCUCAAAGGCCUAGCAUCGCCGGUCUAAAUGAAAGGCCGUACAUUUCAAUAUCAGCAACAUCAUCUGAUAGCUCGCUUCUUGGUGUUUUGGCAAUGUGGGGUCUUAAAUGCCAGAACCCAAAUAGUGUUCAUUCUUGGUGGGUAACAUAUGAUUUGUGGCCAUUGGGCGGCAACGGUCAACGCAUUGCAAAUGUGGUGGCAAACAUGGAGACGUGUGAGGCGUAUGCUUACAGUAUUUGGCUGGGAGUCGUUCUUAGUAUUAGCCCUGAUGCUAUGGCAUUCUCAGUCCGGAACACUAUAUGGCGACUCCUUCCAGAUGAUUCAUGCAAAGCCCAAGGACUUUCAACUCAUGUCUGGGCUACUCCUGUGCAUUACGAAUCGUGUUCAUUGGGAGAUCGUCGAACUCUCGAGGGAGGCACGUACCGUAUCUCGUUUAGCCCAACGGCAAAGUAUGCUAUCCUGUCUGAAGUUUGGAUAGAUUCGGAACCAAUCCUCACCAAGACUGCUUAUGAGCUGCCGGACCCAUCAAGCCUCUGA